UGUUUGAUCAAAAGACCCCCCUCUUUCCGCGAAGCUAGCUAACGUUAGCUCUCCUGGGAAAGUGAUUUGACAGUAAAGCCUGCUCCUUAGCUGAGAAACAUAGCCUAGCUAUUGGCGUUGUCUGGUUGUUUGUGAAUAUUGUUUGCUGACGGUCUGACAAUUUAAAAAGCGCUCUGUCGGGAACAGAAGUUAGUUUAGUUUUAUCUGAAUUGUUGUUUCAGAAAGCUGAGGCUCCUCACCCAAACUAACGUUACGUAACCAAGUAGCUCAUUGGUUCUCAAAGCUAGUUAACAAUUAGUUUUAUUAUCUGGAUGGACCAUUACUGACAUAAAGCGCUUUAGUUCGACCAGGUGGGAAAUAUAAUCAUAUCAAUCACCAGAGUGAUGAUUGUGAAAAUAUGUUACAUCAUUCUUUAUAGAGAACAAACUGCUAUUAAAAUGGACUACUAGUAACACUAUAGUAAUAAUACGCUGUAAAUCGAUUGAAUCCGGAGGGUUAAAACGAUACUCUAUAUCUAACUUAAACAAAUAAUAGUAUCAGACUUUUUAAAUAAGGACCCCUUAAAGUCUGAUUAAAGUUGUGUACUAAUAAAGACUUCCUGGAGGAUAAACUAUGUAGUGGUGACAGUGUUUCUAAUGUAGUGUAACUUUAAAAACGGACUUUCAGUGAAUUAAUGACAACACGUAGGUAACACAACUACUUUAAACACCAGUUGUCUAUCAGCUAGUCUGUAUCUACAUCCUCUGUGUGUCAACCCGCUAUCAGUGUGUACUACAGGCCAUGGCUGCCCCCGACUCCAUUAAACCCUUCAGCCCAGAGGAGACCCAGAAGAUUCUGCAUCAUCUACAGCAGCCCGCAGUCUUCAUGGACAUGACCCGUGGCUGGCCUGUUCUCCACUGGACUGCAGAGCACCUGUCUGGCUGCCUUGGGGACAAACUAGUCCGAUUUAGACUUGGGAGGAAAGAUGAGACCAACACACCUCUGUUUGAAACCCAGUGCUCCUAUGUGGAGGCCAAACUGGCGGACUUUCUCAGCUGGACCCGGGACCAGGCUGGGACAGAUGUAGGGCCUUUCUUUAAAUACCCCAAGUCAGAGUAUUGGGCGUAUGCUGACUACAAAUACAUCGCUGUACUGUUUCAAGAUCAGCCUUCCAUGUUUGAGGAUAUAAAGUGGUCCGAGUUUGGUUAUGAGGGACGCAAUGGGAGAGAGAGCACGUUAUGGAUCGGCACAGAGGGGGCCAACACACCGUGCCACCUGGACUCUUAUGGCUGUAACCUUGUACUGCAGGUACAAGGACGGAAGCGCUGGCACCUCUUUCCUCCAGAGGACACCGUUAACCUUUACCCAACCAGGAUCCCCUAUGAGGAGUCCAGUGUCUUCAGCCAGGUGGACGUUCUCCAUCCAGACCUGAGGAGGUUCCCUGAAUUUCAGGGAGCCAGGGCCCACGUCGUCACUCUGCAGCCAGGACAGGUGCUUUAUGUCCCCAGACACUGGUGGCACUAUGUGGAGUCACUGGAUCCCAUCACCGUCAGCGUCAACUCCUGGAUCGAGUUGGAAGUGGAUGACAUGGCAAGGGUUAGUGAAGCUGUGACCAAGGCGGUUGUCUGCGCCCUUAAGAGUGCACCUAGUGAUGACAACAGUGACAACUGGCUCAAUCCCACUGAGGAAGGAGUAGCAUCCCAUAAUGAGAACAUGCAAUAUGUGAACCUGGCAGUGGGAGCUUUUGCUCAAAGACAGAGGGGCCUCUGCCACGGCAAACUGACCCAGGACCCGAGAGACACCCAUCCAGUCAAGCGGGACUCCAGAGGACAAAUCAGGAAGAACAGCGAUUUGGUAACAGAUUCUGUGCCCUUCAGCGUUCCCUUCGGACCACAUCUCACUCCUGUACGCUGUCAGCAAGAUUACUCACCAGGAACGAGGGGAACGACCACAAAAGAUCCGGAGGCCAGCUCAGAUACAGCACCGAAAACAAAGCUUGCAUCUGCUGUCAGAGUCCACCAGGGAAAAUAUGAAUGUAUCCACGGUUUAACUCAAUGUAAACCAUGUGACUGUGCUGAUGGGACAUCAGAGAACUCUUCAGUGGAUUAUGAGGAACCAGUACACACAGUAAUAACCACUAAUGACCUGUUAGACUGCUUGGUGCAUCCUGAUAUCAUCGCCUGUGUCACUAAGCUUUUACUGGAAAGGCACACAUAUAAUAAGCCCCAAGAGGAAGACAAGCCCCUGAUUUGACUAGUAUUUGGUCCUAGUUUCAGAAGCGAUUUACAAUCUGGAAACAUGAGGACAAGGCUGUCUUAACUUUUCUGCUCUGGAUGUCUCACUGGUGUUUGCAGUGAUGGAGAGCUGUGAAAAAAGCAAAAGAGGCUGCAGAAAUUCAUCUUCCAAGCUACCAGUUAUGCUUUGGUGUCAGUAAGAAGUGAGAGAGGAAAGAUGAAGAGUUUCACCCCGCUUUUCUCUCUACUCAUCUGUCAAGAGUCCUCCCGGGACUAACUCCGGAUGCGAGAAGUCACAACCAAAACUAAUCGCAAUGUGACGAGUGACGGCAUAAAGUGGCUCUACCAUUUCCCUGUUUUGUUUUGUCCCGCACAUACUAAUCCUGUUUGGUUCCUCCAGGGUAAGAAAAAUGACCACUUAAAUCAAUUUGGUAUGGUAAUAAGCCACAUAAUUCAAGGUAAUAUUCCUGAGAUGUGAACAUUUGUUUGCUGCAUAAUGUUUACCUGUCAUUUGCUAAUGAAAAUUGUCAUUGUAAUGGGCUGGUGAUUGAUGAGAGUUGCGUAAGGAGCCAUGAAUGAAAUGGCUUUGUUUGAAUACCGAGUGGCUCCAUAGGUCACACAUCUCUAAGUGAAAAGAAGGUUGUACAUGUAGAAGAAUAACAAAUGAAACAAACUAUUUAUUUGCUAAA